AUGCCAUCGAGGCGAUGCAGCAAAACGCCCGCCGCCCGUCGCAGUUUGGACGAGCUGAAGGAAGAGCUGGACAUCGAUGAUCAUCUGAUCUCGCUUGAAGAAUUGGCGGCAAGGCUCGAUGUCGACAUCCAAACGGGUUUGAGCGAGGCGGAAGCAACGCGCCGCUUGGAAAGAGACGGACCCAACACCUUAACUCCUCCAGCUGCCAUCCCCGAGUGGGUCAAGUUUUGCAAGCAACUCUUGGGAGGGUUUUCCCUCUUGCUGGCCAUUGGAGCCAUUCUCUGCUUCAUAACCUAUGCCAUUCAGGCUGCUAUCACUGACGCGCCUCCUGAUGAUAAUGUAUGCUUUUAUUUAUUUUCCCCUCCUAUUUCUUGGCGCUUCUUCGACGACACCCAACCUGAUCCUUCGGAUGUUUCAGUUGUUCCUUGGGAUUGCGUUGGCCGCUGUUGUUCUCAUCACCGGAGCUUUCUCAUACUAUCAGGAAGCAACAAGCUCUCGUAUCAUGGAAUCUUUCAAGAAAAUGGUCCCACAGGGUCAUGUGAAGGAUUUCACUGUCGUGGAUUGACACCCUUCCAGUUUGCCGUCGUCCGUCGCGGGGACCAGGUUCUGACAAAGCGAUCAGAGGAUCUUGUCGUUGGAGACAUUGUAGAUGUGAAAUCCGGUGACCGUAUCCCUGCCGACAUUCGAAUCAUCGAAGCUUCGGGAUUCAAGGUGGACAACUCUUCAUUGACGGGAGAAUCUAAGCCUCAGUCUCGCUACCCUAACUGCUCUCAGCCUAACCCUCUGGAGGCUAGUAAUUUAGCUUUCUUCUCCACCUAUGCUGUGGAAGGUAAUGCCAAAGGCAUUGUAAUCCUGACGGGAGAUGACACUGUGAUGGGUCGAAUCGCUGGUCUGGCGUCGGAUUUGAACUGUAGAGAGACCCCAAUUGCCAAGGAAAUCGUUCGUUUUGUUCGCAUCGUCACUACAGUGGCCGUGUUUCUGGGUGUGACCUUCUUCUUCGUCGCUUCCGUCAUGGGCUACAACUGGCUAGAAUCUGCAGUCUUUCUGGUGGGGAUCAUUGUCGCCAUGGUUCCUGAGGGUCUGCUUGCCACUAUCACAGUGAGUCUAACGUUGACAGCCAAGCGAAUGGCAGCCAAGAACUGUUUAGUAAAGCACCUGGAGGCCGUAGAAACAUUGGGUUCCACAUCAACCAUCUGUUGCGAUAAGACUGGAACUCUGACUCAGAACCGAAUGACUGUAGCUCACAUGUGGUUUGACGACCAGAUCAUUGAGGCUGACACAACAGAGGACCAAUCAGGUUUACCUUACUGCCAUCAUCUGAGACGACCCGUCUGUCUAUUUGCAACUCGGAGUGUGACGUACGACAAGGAUGGGCCUGGCUGGGGUGCCCUUGCUCGAGUUGCUGCUCUGUGCAACCGAGCUGUCUUUAAAGGCAGUGUGACGUACGACAAGGAUGGGCCUGGCUGGGGUGCCCUUGCUCGAGUUGCUGCUCUGUGCAACCGAGCUGUCUUUAAAGGCAGUCAGGACGACGUCCCCAUCCUCAAGAGUCUCUUCACUGCCCUCUACGAAGUCUCCGACGAGAGGAGUUUACACAGCUCUACCGGUAGCCUUUGUAACUUCCGAUGUGAAAGAAACACAAGAAGGUCUGCGAGAUCCCCUUCAACUCGACCAAUAAGUACCAAUAUCCAUGAGAAAAAGGACAUCGAUGGUCGAUUAUCAUACUUGCUGGUGAUGAAAGGAGCCCCCGAACGUAUCCUGGAACGUUGUUCCAGCAUCUUCGUGAAGGGCCAAGAGUACCCCAUGGAUGGUCACUGGAAGGAUGACUUUAAUGCCGCCUACAUGGAGCUUGGAAGUCUUGGGGAGCGUGUUCUCGGAUUUUGCGACUGCAGACUCCCUGUGAGCAAGUUCCCUCCUGGCUAUAAGUUCGAUGCGGAGGAGCAGAACUUCCCUCUGAAUGGACUGCGAUUCGUCGGUCUCGUGUCCAUGAUCGAUCCGCCUCGAGCUGCUGUUCCCGAGGCCGUGGCCAAGUGUCGAUCGGCCGGGAUCAAGGUCAUCAUGGUCACUGGGGAUCAUCCCAUCACGGCCAAGGCAAUUGCCAGAUCUGUUGGCAUCAUCUCGGAGGGCAGCGAAACCGUGGUAGACAUAGCGAAUCGUCUGAACAUUGAACCAAUUGAAGUGGAUCCGGCACUAGCCAGGGCCUGCGUUGUCUGUGGUUCCGAACUCAGGGAAAUGACACCAGCCAUGCUUGAGGAUGUUUUACGGAACCAUUCCGAAAUCGUGUUCGCCCGCACCUCGCCCCAGCAGAAGCUGACCAUCGUGGAAGGUUGCCAGCGUCUGGGCGCCAUCGUGGCUGUGACCGGCGAUGGAGUCAACGAUUCGCCCGCCCUCAAGAAAGCUGACAUUGGGGUGGCCAUGGGUAUUACUGGAUCGGACGUAUCGAAGCAAGCAGCCGACAUGAUCCUGUUGGAUGACAAUUUUGCCUCCAUCGUGACGGGAGUGGAGGAAGGUCGGGUGAUCUUCGACAACAUGAAGAAAACGGUUGCAUAUACCCUAACGAAAAAUAUUCCCGAGCUUGCGCCGUUCUUGCUUUUUAUCGUUGCUUCCGUGCCGCUGCCUCUCGGGACUAUCACCAUCCUGUGCAUCGACUUGGGGACUGAUUUGCUUCCAUCCGUCGCACUUGCCUACGAAAAGGCCGAGCCAGACUUGAUGCAACGACAGCCCAGGAAUCCCUUCACGGACAACUUGGUGACCGACCGAUUGGUUUGCAUGUCGUACUUCCACAUUGGGAUUAUCCAAGUAGGAGCAGGAUUCCUCACUUAUUUUAUCAUCAUGGCACAAAAUGGAUUCAUGCCUUCCAAGCUGUUCGGCCUCCGUCGUUAUUGGGAUUCCAAGGCCAUCAACGAUCUCGAGGAUUCGUUUGGCCAAGAUUGGACGUACCACGACCGCAAAAGCUUGGAAUACACGUGUUAUACAGGCUUCUUCGUUGCAAUUGUGGUCGUGCAAUGGGCGAAUCUCAUCAUCUUGAAGACACGACGUAACUCUUUAUUACAACAAGGAAUGACGAAUUGGGUGAUGAACUUCGCUCUCGUGUUCGAGACGGCAUUGGCUGCUUUCAUGUGUUACGCACCUGGCAUGGAGAAAUUCAACAUGCAUCCGCUCAAAUUCAUUUGGUGGUUGCCUGCCUUACCCUUCUCCGUUUUCAUCUUGGCUUACGACGAGCUUCGAAAGUACCUGAUCCGCCGCAACCCAGGCGGAUGGGUCGAGAGAGAGACCUACUACUGAGGAGAGACAGAGGAAAGGCGUACUUUUCAUUCACCUUUUGCGGCGACUAACAGAACUCUCGAUUUUGUCGAUUCGUUUCCUCUAUGAAAGUUCCCUGACCUCUUUCUCAUCGUUGCUUGCACAUCUCGGACUCCCUGCCGAAUAAUUGCCACAUGCUCGAGAAAGGUCCACAUGAGGUCUGGUGAAAUAAAGCUUAAUAGCUUUAUUAAGCUGGUAAAAUAAAGUGCAACCUGUUAAUGGUUUGUACAGGUAAAUCACUGUGUAGCAUGUGUGUAUCUAUCCCAAAAAUUUUGUUGAUCCAUUGCUGCUGCUGGCUUGCUGUUUGUAAUGCCGAGGGAAAAAAGUUCUUUAAAUGGGUC